AUGUUUGCAAUGUUUUUACCAAGAACUAUGCCAGCAUUACGAUCAUGGGCAGUAACGUUCGUUGUGAUCAUCUUCGCUUGUGUGCAAAUAAGUACUGCAGCUAAGCUGGUUUUAGAAGCUGAACAUGGAGGUGAUGUGGCACGUUACAAGGUCAUUAAAAAAAAUGUCCCUUUGGAAUUGAAAUGUAAUAUAGAUGAACCAGGUUUCACCAUUACAUGGCAAAAGGAUGGAGAAGAAUUAAAAGAUUAUCCAGUAACCACAGAGCCCUUUAAAGACGGCAAAGAAACGAGCAUACUGAAGAUUCUGAAACCCGUAGAUUUAGAUGCUGGUCUUUAUACAUGUGUAGCUAAAAACAAUGCUACAGUUGAAGCUGAUGGUUUGAAGGAUUCAGUUCAAGUAGUUUCCCUGCCAAUGGGGAGUCUGGAGCAAGACAUAAUUGUUGUGGAAGGGGAGAAGCUUACUCUGGAUUGCCAGCCGACUGGCAUUCCUACACCAAAAGUCACCUGGUAUUUCAUGAAAGAUGGCAAUAACACAUUGAACACCAGUAAUGAACGUUACAAGUUUUUACCUCACAACAACGUUACGAAUGCAGUCUUGGAAAUUAGGGAUGUGCAGAUGAGUGACCGUGGUGAAUACAGAUGUGUUUUGGCAAACACUGCUACCAUGUUUGUUGGACCAGAUGUUACUUUAAAAACAAACGUUCGUGUAAAAGACAAGUUGGCUGCCCUGUGGCCUUUCCUGGGCAUCUGUGCUGAGGUGAUCGUGUUGUGUGCUAUCAUCUUCAUUUAUGAGAAGAAGCGCAACAAGGCUGAAUUGGAUGAAAGUGACACUGACAACAGUCCUGAACAGAAAAACACCCCUGAUCAUGGAAAGGAUUCUGUUCGUCAGAGGAAGUGAAGCGUAUAUGACACAGGGUUGCUUUGUUUUCGUGGGAAAUAAAGUAAUUAGCUAAGUGGAUGAUGCCUUCUAUAUUUCCAGAAAGUAGAUAAUUACACAUAAUGUUAAGUUCUAUAAGGUGUAUGCUGCCAACAGAAAUGGUACUUGUACUUAGUAAAAAGAAUGUGUUGUAUGCAGUUAAAGGACAGUGGUCUCGAGUUAUUGUGUUCCACAUGUAACUGGGUACCAAACCUUGGAACAUGGUUUUCCUCAUUUGCAAGUUUGUUAACAACAGUUUGAGAGUUUAAUAACUUACUGUGAACAUUUAUAUAAAUAUUGCACAGCAAGUUGUUUGGAUCGUCUGUUGGUGAAAAUUCUUUGUAGAUUUUUUUGCUUGUAGAUCAGUUGUAAUUGAUAGAGCUUGUGUGCGCAAUGUGGACAGCCCCCUUGGCAAUGUUUCAUUGUUAAGUGGCAAGUGGGUUGAAUUAAUUAUGUUUGUAUUUAUUUUUCUAAAUUUUUUGGAACCAGUAGGUUUAUUGUUAUUCUUUUAAUGUAAGUCAUGGACCACUAUUUCCCAUAUGUUGUAUGAAUGAGUUUUGAGAAUGUGGCAACAUCUUCCUAUUCAUAGCUUGUAAAUCUGAGUCAUUUCAGUGUCAUCAUUCAUCUUAAGAAGUAAGGAGUGGGAGGUAAUGAUAUUAAUGAUACUGGUGUUUUUCCACAUGUUUAAUUUUAGUUAUUUUAUGUUGCUUUUACCUUGUAUUAAAUGUUCCAAUCUUGCCUUGUCAUUAUAAUUGAAUGAUUGUUGAGAGCAAAAUACGGAUGGAUGGUUCAUGUAAGAAAAGUAUAGAUGUUUAAAGAGGUGAGGUGUAGAUGCAAAAGUGUGGUUAAUAGUUCAGAGAGCAUUUAUUCAAUCUAUGCAGGAGCACUUACAAGAAAUUGAUGGAAGAGUAUCAUACUUCUGUACAUUGAACCUCUGUUGGCAAGAUGAAAGCACAAAGAUCAUAAUCAUUCUUCAUUUAAUGCAGCACAUGACUUCAUAUUUGUAAUAAGAUGUGCUAUGGAAAUAAAACGAAACAAAACUUAAUUUAAAAUUUUGAAAUGGUGUUUCGUUUGUUUGGCAAUGAUGUCAUAAGUCAAGUUCUGAAGAAAUAUCAAAAGAAUAUUUAUACAAUGAGAGGGAUUUUGGCACACUCUUUCAAUUUUCAAUGUAAUUGUACAUUGAAAAGUGCAGUCUUUCAUCAUAAUUCAUUUUUCAUUUGAAUUAUUAUUGGUGUACAAUACUUGUCAAUCUUUUCAAUGUGUGUUUGUUGUGCUUUUAGUAUUUCAGCUGAGGAGAAAGUUUGAUUUUAAAACCUACCUCAGUUUAUCAAAUUUGUGAAGAGGAUAGUGCAUCAGUAUACAUUACACUUUCUGGUGCAAUACGUUUCAUUCAUAUAACGUAAUGUUUAUACCUGUUUAACAACUUAACUUCAUGUGGAAUAAUUGAACAGUGCAUAUUGUCAAGUUUUCCAUUUUUUAUAAUAUAACUUCUCUCAGGACAUCAUAAUAUGCUUUGUUUCUUCCUUGAAACGAAUUGCUUUUCUGAAACAUAAGUGCAUGCAAUGUAAGCAAAGGAGUCAAUACUAAAACAUUUUCUUGGCUCAAUUUUAUUUUUUUACUUGUUUCUUCUGUGAUCAGAAAAGUUCAUUACAUUUGGGUAAUCAUAUUAGCAAAAACGAAUACUAAAUAUAAUAAAGGCAAUUAUUGUAAAUGUUGAAAUGUCAGGUACCUUUUAAAUGAAUUUUGGCAUUCACUAAUUAAUAAUAUUGUAACAUUUCUAUUUUCCCUCAGAUAUAUUUUAUCGAAGUAGUAAAUAUAUUCUGGUGGUGAGUAUAUUUAUGGAUUACACAACAAAGCUGAUAAAAAAAAGCAAUGGCCUCUGGCCGAAGCAAUUGUCCAUAAAAGUGUUGGUACUUGUUGCAUGAAAAUCAGUCUUAUGAAUUCCUUCUUCUGUUAUUACCUGUGUUAGCUAUAAUUAUGGUAAUAAGAUUUUGUUAUUUCUUGUGAUAAUGCUUAAAGUUGAAUGUUGUUACAGUAUUGUAGAUUGUGCCACAUGAAAUGUUACCAUAGUAUAACAUUUUAUUCCUUUGGGAGGGUGAACUUUGCAAAUGGAAAUGGGAUGUCUUUGGUAUGAGAACAUUCACACAUUCACAUGAAUGUCUUUAUUAUUUUCACAAGAAUCUUUUGCAAAGAAAUGAGUGAAUGACUGUAAAUUUGAACAGCUCAUGAAUUGUAAGAAUGUAGCUCACUGCAAUUUUUUAAAAGUAAAGCAUAAAUUUUAUUAUAAAAUACAACUUCACAAUUUUGAAGGGCAUUGUGUUUGUAAGAGAUGGUUUGCAUCAGUAUUUUUGGCGAUUGGAAAGAGGUUGCACAUUUUCAGAAAACUGAUGUUUUCAAUGGUACUGUUGCUAUUUAAAAAGGAGUAAGUGAAGAAGCUCCAUUGUUUUUGUUGAUUUUUGUGUGUAGAUAUUGAUUCACUAACCGUAUGGUCAGGAGGAUAUUGUACAGAUAACAGUGUUCAUUGUGUAUAUGUAAAAAUAUUCAAAAAUUUAUCAAAUUAUAAAGAGCAUUAACUGCUCCUGGUGAAAAUGAUUAAUGUAUUGUAAACACUUGUAAUGUAUUGUAAUAUAUAAAAAUAAAUUGGUCUUAUGCUUGA